CACGAAAGACACGAUGACCCGAGCUGCUGCCAAGACUACCGCUGAACCUACCCCUGCCGCGACGACGGAAGCAGCCCCUGCUGUGGAAGCCUCUGCCCCGGUGGAGUCCAAGAAGCCCACUGCCAAGAAGGCAGCGGCUUCCAAGGCCAAGGGCAAAGCUGCUGCCAAGCCCGCUACUAAGAAGGACUCUGCGCCUAAGAAGCCUGCCGCCAAAACCGCUUCCAAGGCCACCCCCGCCGCAGCUGCCAAGACAGCUACUGGCGCCUCGUAUUAUGACUGCAUCAAGGAGGCUAUCCAACACUUGGCUGAACGCAGCGGUUCGUCCCGUCAAGCAAUCUCUAAGUUCGUCCAAGGCAAGAAGACAAACAACUUCCAAAGCCACAUGUUGAACAAGGCGUUGAAGGCCGGUGUCGACAACGGAAAGUUGAUCCAAGUCAAGGGUUCGUACAAGUUGGCUGCAUCUGAAAAGAAGCCUGCGGCUUCCAAGAAGAGCUCGACCAAGAAGGCCGCUGCCGCCAAGGAGGUAGUUGUCAAGAAGGUGGCCGCCAAGAAGACUGUGACUGCCAAGAAGGCCCCCAUCAAGAAGGUGGAAGCCAAGAAGAAGACAUCUGCCCCUGCGAAGAAGGCUGCCACGAAGAAGACUCCUGCGAAGAAGGUCCCAGCGACCAAGAAGGCAGCCAAGAAGGUGACCAAGAAGGUCGCCACGACCAAAAAGACCAAGAAAGUGUCCAAGAAGUCGGCCUAAAAUGUGCACGACUGCCUAUUUACACCCCGAGUUGAACGACUCGUCCCCCCCAAAUCGGUGUUUGUAAACACCACCCAAUCGCGCAGAAAGUCUUGUCGUGUGUUAUUUCCACGUGUAGUAAAAAGUGCAUGAAAUGUAGGUGUACAAUCUCGGUGCA